UUCUUUUUUUUUUUUUUUUAACUCUGUGGAACUUGAUGACUCUUGUUUACAACCUUGGCAGAAGGCAUUUGAGGAGAAUACUUCUGUCUUUUAUUUGUUCACAGCAAUCUCAUUUGAUGUAACAGGUGAAGAAUUUAAUGGAGCAUUCACAUUCAUGUCAUUUAACAGAAUUUUGGAAGCUAAGAGGCAGCUUGAAAUUGAAGGUGAAGUCAAGUCUGAGAACUGUUUUAGACAGAGCUCAGAAAGUGGUCUUGGUGAAAGUGUGUAUGAAGAGAAAGUAAUUAAAAUCCCUACCACAGCUGCUAGCACUCCUGAUGCUGUUGACAAAUACUUGGAGACACCUGGGGACGAGAAUGAACAUGCCCAUUUCCAGAAAGCCAAGGAGAGACUUGAAGCUAAGCAUCGUGAAAGGAUGUCUCAGGUCAUGAGAGAGUGGGAAGAGGCAGAACGCCAAGCAAAGAAUUUGCCAAAGGCCGACAAGAAAGCUGUUAUCCAGCAUUUCCAGGAGAAAGUGGAAUCACUGGAACAAGAAGCUGCAAAUGAAAGGCAACAGCUGGUAGAGACUCAUAUGGCGCGGGUGGAAGCCAUGCUGAAUGACCGUCGCCGCAUUGCUCUGGAGAACUACAUCACAGCCCUGCAGACUGUCCCGCCCAGGCCUCGUCAUGUAUUCAACAUGCUGAAGAAGUACGUGCGCGCUGAGCAGAAGGACAGACAGCACACUCUCAAACACUUUGAACAUGUCCGCAUGGUAGACCCAAAGAAAGCUGCCCAAAUCAGAUCUCAGGUUAUGACACAUCUACGUGUGAUAUAUGAACGCAUGAACCAGUCUCUCUCCUUCCUCUACAAUGUGCCUGCUGUGGCAGAGGAGAUCCAGGAUGAAGUCGAUGAAUUACUUCAGAAAGAGCAAAACUAUUCUGACGAUGUUUUGGCCAAUAUGAUCAGCGAACCCAGAAUCAGCUAUGGAAAUGAUGCUCUCAUGCCUUCGUUGACGGAAACUAAGACCACAGUUGAACUUCUUCCAGUGGAUGGAGAGUUCAGCCUAGAUGAUCUUCAGCCAUGGCAUCCCUUUGGUGUUGAUUCUGUUCCAGCCAAUACUGAAAAUGAAGUUGAGCCAGUUGAUGCCCGCCCAGCUGCAGACAGAGGACUCACCACACGACCAGGUAUAUAA